CUGGCAUGAUGAUCAUAGAGCUGGCGGGGUUUAUAAGGGGUCAUCCCUCCCUCCCCAGAGGUGUGUAUUGCCAUUGCCCAGGCACUCCCUAUUAAUCCGUCAGAUACAUCAGAUCCAUCAGUUCCUUUUCCAUAGCACCUGGAUACGCUCUUACCACCAUGACUAUCCCCCACUAUGGCGUCUGGGUCGCUCGGCCGACCCGCUACACCGCCCAAACCGAGCAGGAGGAUCCUAAGUCCCCUCACAUCUACCUGUACUUCAAGGACGAUUCCUCAUCCCGCAGAAACCUCGAAGCUGCCAUCAACGUCAAGUCCACGGGCCGUGACUCCCGUCUGGUGUACUGGUUUGACCAAGACUUCACCCACCCCAUCACCGAGACAUUGACCGACUUGGAUGAGGGCUUCCACCUUCUCAAGUCUUAUGCCCACCGCCGUUAUCGCCGUGAUGAAUCCGACCUGAAAGGGCUUGACUUCAUCCGCACAGAGGGUCUCGUUGAUAUCGAGGCGGGAACUAUCCUUUCCGAGGCCGACACGGGGCCGAACAAUGCCGUUCUGCAAAAGUUGGAGCCUAUCCUGAACGACGCGAUUAGCAGAGGUGCUACGGUGUACAUCUUUGGGUCGUCUUAUGGCUCGGGUAUUCAUGAUAUCCACAUGAACCAGGGCAGCUCCUCGAGUUAUGAGAACGGAAUCUAUGAGGAUGGCGCGUUGAUAUUUCGCUUCGACGACGGGCAUUGGGAGGCGGUGUUCUUGGCAUUUGCGUCGCAGGAGAUCCCGACGAAUGACAAGGGUGAGGCAGAGGAGGAUAGCAAAUCUUUGGCAAGCAUUCUUGGGCAGUAAUGUGUCGUCUUAACAUUGAAAGGAUAUACGGUCAUAAGUGUGACGAACAUAAAUACUUGAAUAGAAAUUAGCAUGGG